AUGUUCCCCAGCCCCGCGCUCACGCCCACGCCGUUCUCGGUCAAAGACAUUCUGAACCUGGAGCAGCAGCAGCGCAGCCUGGCCGCGGGGGAGCUCCUGGGCCCCGCGCCCUCGCCGGCCAAGUGCGCGCCAGCCUUCCCAGCCGCCCCCGCCUUCUAUCCGCGCGCCUAUGGCGACCCUGACCCUGCCAAGGAUCUUCGAGCCGAUAAGAAAGGUGAGGAGGAGCCGGGACCCUUCUUCUCCCUCCUGAGUCGCUCUUGUCCCCAAACCCCGCCGCGAAGAAACUUUGGCCUGGGUGGAGGAGACUGA